UUGUUUCAUUUACAUUAUCAUUUUUAUGCAAUCUUUAUUUUCUUGUUGAAUAUUAAGUCAUUUGACCACUAAUUUUUUUUUUUUUUUGAUAUUAAUAACAGGGUCAAUAUGGAGAAAACUGUAAUUAAAUGUACAGAUUGUGAAGCAACAUUUACAUUAAAAAAAAAUAUGUAUGCUCAUUGCCGUAACAUUCACAAAAUUGAACAUUUAAGCAAAAAACCAAAAAUGUCUCAAUGUCAUAUUUGUGAUGUAAAAUUUGUGAAUAAAAAGUGUUUAUUCCAACACAUGAAAACAUUUCACAAUAAUUCUACAAAUGAAAAACAUACUAGAAUAAUAUGCCCUUAUGACUUAUGUGAGGAAUACUUAUUUACAUCUCUCAAAUUAAGAGAACACUUGUGUGUUAAACACAAUAUUACAGUAGAGCUGGAAGAGAUAACUUUUGAUAAUUUAAAAGAAUUUGAAACAUGGAAGCAAAAAAUAGAAAAAGAAACAGUUUCGAUGUACGUAUUAGAUACUGGAGCAAAAAAAUUGUUUAAUGGAAUUCUUAAACAAUAUUAUUUUUGUCAUCGCUCAUUAAAUUAUCGAAAAUCAGGAAAUAAUUUAAGAUUAAUGAAGUCGAUGGGAAGCAAUAAAAUUGGUAAAACUUGUCCGUCAAAACUUGAAACAACAAUAGUAGAAACUAAUGGAGUUGCUUCAGUCAAAGUAAAAUACUGGAAAACGCACUGUGGGCAUGCUCAAGAAAUUGGUCGAUUGAAGAUUGAUAAAGAGAAUAGAGCAAUGAUUGCAGGUUCUUUAUUUAUAUACAUAUAAAUCUUAUACAGAAUUAUUAAAUAAUAAUAUCGACGUAUGUCGUUUUUAUGGUUUAUGGCUAUCAAAAACCUUUAUGUGCUGUAUGGUGAAGUACCUAUUCAAUAGUUAGUAAUUUUACACUUUGUGGGCAAAUUAAAUGUUUUAAUAAUUAUUAUUGUUAUCCUUCAUUAAAUAUCAGUUUUAUUUGUUAAUUAUUUCAUGUUUUAGUUAAUUGUGAAUUUAUUCUAUGUUUUAGUUAGUUGUGAUUUUAUUAUAUGUAUUAGUUAAUUGUGAUUUUAUUAUAUGUUUUAGUCAAUUGUGAUUUUAUUGUAGUUUGUCAUUAUUCAUUUGCUAAAUUAAAUUAGUAACAUUUCUAUAGUGAGUAUAUUUAAAAACUCCAAAAAUCAGAAUUAAUACCAUUACUAAGAACAAAACAGGGGUUACCAUGCUUGGUGAAUCAUACUGUAUAAUACAAUUUGUAACUAAUAUCAAAGAACAAACCUAAUAUUUAUGUUGUAUUUUUAAUACUAGCUUAUUUACCUAAUUAAUAUUAUUUAUUUGUAUAAAAUAUAAAUAUAUACAGAAGCACAGACAGGAUUUUUUUUUGUAACGGGUUGUGCUUAUAGUUUCCACCACUCCAUCUAUGUGCGCAACUGAAUAUAUAAGUUAUUAUUAUUCAUUAAAUUCAUGUAUUAAAAAUUAUUUCAGCUAAAUUGAAGGAAGGUGUAACUUGGGGAGCAUAUUUUGGAUUUUAUUCGUGAAGGUGAAAUUACUGAUGAUACUAAUCAACGAAUACUUCUUCUUGAACGUCAAGAUUUAACUAACAUAUCUCGUGACUUUAACAUUAAUUAUGCUACAAGAAGACAUAAAAAUGAUGCAGUCAGUGUUGACCUAUGGGUCAAUGAACUGAAAAAUCAGCUUAAAGAAGAUUGUCCUAUCCUUUACUAUAAAGCCCAAGAUAAAGAUGAUAAUUUUUUAGAGAAAAAAGAUUUUGCUUUGAUUAUAAUGACAAAAUUUCAAGCAAAACAAAUACUGAAGUUUGGUCCCAAUAAAAUUUGUAUUGAUGGAACUCAUGGUACUAAUGCUUAUGACAUUCAGCUAUAUACCAUUAUGACAGUGGACGAAUAUGGCACAGGAUGUCCUGUCGCAUUUUGUUUUUCAAAUAGAGUACAUGAAACUAUAUUUACAUUAUUUUUUAAUCAAAUUAAAACUAAGGUUGGCAUCAUAAAAUCCAAAG